UUAUUUAUACCUUCAUUUAUUUGUCACAUUCCCAAUAUACCCUCUCUAAUAACCUUCCUCACCAGAACAGUAGCCAUUCCUCACCACUUUCAUUCCUCCAUUCAACAUCGCCAGCCCCUUCCACCCUACGAUUUCAGCCCUCCUCCUUCGUCGCCAGCCCCUUCCACCACCGGCGAUUUCGUACCUCUGCAUCAUCCUUUCUGCAAUAUCAAAGUUAGAUAUAAAAUUUGAUGUGCAACACCUUGCUCUUCCUUUUUGAUGCCAAUUUUUAGACUACAACUCUUCACUCUCUAAUCUCAUCAUUUCAGAUAUGACGAAAGUAUCACCUAUGAAGAAAGCGCAAAGAGCUUCAUCAAGUCGUCAUCGUGGUGGAAAAAAGAAUGUUGUUUUUCAGGAUGUAGGUCCUGAAAAAUUUUCUUCUGAUGAUUCUCGCAUCCAUGUUACAUGUCAUUGGCACGGUUUUAAUUGUAUAAAAGAGUUUCUAAGCGAUUUACAGCUACAAAAGUUGAGAGAGUCAUGUUUUGGGUAUCUUUUUGAUUUGGAUGAAUCUCUCAAACCAGCACAAAUGAUUAUGCACUCUCUCUUACUUCAUCAAGAGUGCAAUUCUAAUGGGAAUGAGCUUCAAUUAAGUUUUAACAGCAACAAAGUGAAGUUCAGUAUUGUUGAGUUUGGCAUCAUUACAGGGUUGAAUUGCAAUGAAUUUCCCCCAGAUUCUGAUAUCAUUGAGCACCCAAAUCGAUUACUCAACAAGUACUUUUCUGGCAAUGAAUCCAUUAGCAGAAAAGAGUUGGCAGAAUGUCUUAUGAAAACCCGAAUUGAUGAUGAUGAUGAUGUUGUAAAAUUGACAAAGGUUUUCAUUGUGCAGAAUAUUUUACAAAGUAAGCGUGGCCAAUGUCAUGUAGACAAUUUUGUUAUGAAGUUGGUUGAUGAUGAACAAAUGUUUGAAAAGUAUCCUUGGGGUCGUCGUUCUUUCAAUGACACAGUUAACAGUCUUUCUACUGUUUUGAAUCGCCGAAAAACGGGAUAUGAGAUAUGUGGAUUCCCGUUAGCUUUUCAAGUUUGGGGCUUUGAAAUUCUUCCAAGUUUAGGUUCAUCUUUUGCAAUUAAGGUUGGAAAUAACAUUCCUAAAAUUUUAAACUGGAAGAUGACCAACUUGCAACGUAGCUCACGCUUGAAAACAAUUUGGAAAGAAGUUUUCGGAAAAAAUAAGGUGUGUAUUCUUAUAUUGUCUAUGUUCUUUUUGCAAUUAUUAAUUGUUUUAUUUUCAAUUUCAUGUUUUUUUUUUCAUAUGAUAUUAAUCUUCUAUCUUUGAUCUUAAAUUACUUAUGUUCAAUUUCAUACAUUAUUUUGGGGUUUUAUGGAAAAAUUUUAUUUGUUUG